AUGGGAAGCCAAAUGAAGAAGCAAUGGCUUCAAUUUGCUUGUGCUUUGGCAUUUUUCUUGAUUGCCACAUGCACUAUGGCUUAUUCACCUUAUAAUUCUUAUGAAUCAUCAGAUUCAACAUAUAAUAAAGUACCAAACACAGUAGUCAAAAGUGAAGGCUUCAAGGUACCCUCAGAGUCAGAAAAGGAAUAUAAGUCAUCAUUUUUGUCAAAAAAUGAUUACUACAAGAAGCCAUCAGUUUCAGAAGAUAACUAUAAGAAAGUACCCUUUGUUCCCAAACAUGAAUCAUUCUUGCCAAAGAAUGAUUACUACAAGAAGCCAUUAUUUUCAGAAAAUAACUACAAGAAAGAGUCAUAUGUUCCUGAGGUACCCUCAAUGGAUAAACCAGAAUAUAAGGAGUCAUUUUUGCCAAAAUUUGACUACUUCAAGAAGCCAUCAUUUUCAGAAGAUAACUACAAGAAGGCGUCAUAUGUUCCAGAGGUACCCUCGAUGGCUAAACCAGAAUAUAAGGAGUCAUAUUUUCCAAAAUUUGACUACUUCAAGAAGCCAUUAAUUCCAAAAGAUAACUACAAGAAGGCGUCAUAUGUUCCAGAGGUACCCACAAAGCCUAAACCGGAAUACAAGGUACCAUCUUUGCCAAAGAAUGACUACUAUAAGAAGCCAUCAGUUCCAGAAGAUAAUUACAAAAAGGUAUCAUAUGUUCCAAAGGUGCCCUUAGUGCCUAAAGAAGAAUACAAGGUACCUUCUUUGCCAAAGAAUGAUUACUACAAGAAGCCAUCAAUUCCAGAAGAUAACUACAAAAAGGUACCAUUUGUUCCAGAGGUGCCCUCAGUGACUAAAGAGGAAUACAAGGUGUCUUCUUUGCCAAAGAAUGAUUACUACAAGAAGCCAUCAAUUCCAGAAGAUAACUACAAAAAGGUACCAUUUGUUCCAGAGGAGCCCUCAGUGACUAAAGAGGAAUACAAGGUGCCUUCUUUGCCAAAAAAUAACUACUACAAGAAGCCAUCAGUUUCAGAAGAUAGCUACAAAAAGGUGUCAUAUGUUCUAAAGGUGCCCUCAGUGCCUAAAGAAGAAUACAAGGUACCUUCUUUGCCAAAGAAUGAUUACUACAAGAAGUCAUCAGUUCCAGAAGAAAACUACAAAAAGGUACCAUUUGUUCCAAAGGUGCCCUCAGUUCCUAAAGAAGAAUACAAGGUGCCUUCUUUGUCAAAAAAUGACUACUACAAGAAGCCAUCGAUUUCAGAAGAUAACUACAAAAAGGUGUCAUAUGUUCCAAAGGUGCCCUCAGUGCCUAAAGAAGAAUACAAGGUGCCUUCUUUGUCAAAGAGUGACUACUACAAGAAGCCAUCACCUUCUCCAUCACCACCACCUCCAUAUUAUUAAAUUUCCAUCUUUCAUGUUCAACAUGGAUGUUUCAUUUUAGUCCUUCUCCAGCUCA